CUCUCUUUUUGUUCUUUCCAGUACUGUUGAACAAGAAAAUCUUUACGUUAUUUCAUUGUAGUAUAAUCAGUCUUUCUUUAAUUUUAAUCAAGUAUGGAUAAUAAAAGAAGGGUGAACAAGCAAAAUCCUAUAGGCAAAACCAACUAUAUUUGUAAUUUAUUUUUUUGGUACACAAAAGAUAUCUUUUGGAAGAGCAAUCACAGAAAUAUAACAUUGGAUGACAUAUAUGAUCCUGUUCAUACUGAUAAAUCGGAAUACCUUGGAAAUCGGCUUGAAACAGAAUGGAAUCAUGAACUGGAAAAAUGGAAAAAAAAAAAGUAUAUAGUUGAUAAUAAAGGGGAUAAGAUAUUGUCAAAAUUAACUCGACCAAGCCUUUCAAAGGCCCUCAUUCGCAUGUUUUUUUGGCAGAAUGUCAUUCUAUCUAUAAUUCAGGCACUAAAUUUCUUAGUCUUGAUAGUCUGUCACCCUAUAUUUCAGGGAUGGGUUAUAGAUUACUUCAAGGUCGGUGGAAGUGAGAAUAUUGACGAACGUAAUCGAGCUUUCUUUAAUGCCACAAUUAUGAUUCUAAUAAAGCUAGUUACGGUCUUGUUCCAACAACAUGCUUAUCAAUUGGCAUGUAGAAUGGGCAUGCGUGCUCGAGUGGCUUGCUGCAGUUUAAUGUAUAGAAAGACAUUACGCCUUCACAAAUCUAUUUUGGAUCAAACUGCGGCUGGGCAAGUCAUUAAUUUGAUGAGUAAUGACGUAAGUCGAUUUGAUAUGUUUUUCCAAUUUAUUAACUUCAUGUGGAUAACGCCAAUUCAAGUUUUAUUGAUUGUAUAUAUUAUGUGGGAUAGUAUUGGAAUUAUAUUAUUAGUAGGAAUAAUAAUUUUAUUACUGAUAGCAAUUCCAUUGCAAUCAAUUGUUACUUACACAAGUAAAAGUUUACGAUUGAAAAUUGCUAUUUUAACGGAUAAAAGAGUUCAAUUAAUGAGUGAACUAAUCUCUGGAAUAAAGGUUAUAAAAAUGUAUGCAUGGGAAAAACCAUUUAGCAAAAUUGUUGACAAUAUUCGAUUGGCUGAGAUGAAAAAAAUAACAAUCACAUCACAUGUGCGAAGUCUAUUCUUCAGCUCUAUGAUUUACACAGAACGAACAACACUCUUUGUUACUCUUAUAUUAUACGUAUUUGCGGGUAAUCACCUGACUGCUGAAAUUUCAUUUGUUUUGGCCACCUACUUUAAUAUUCUACAAUUGUCAAUAAUUUACAUGAUGCCAAAUGGUCUUAUUGCAGCUGGAGAAGUAUCUGUAUCCAUAAAACGAAUCGAGGAAUUUCUACUCUUAGAUGAAAUUACAAUAUCCGAAGUUACGAAACUUUCAGAAAAAGUAUUAGAAGAUGAUCUAAAGUUUACAGAAAACAAAAAUAUCGAUACUGGCGAUGAAAACUCUUGUACAUUAAUAGAGGUGAAUUUUCAUCGAGUAUCGGCUAAUUGGAAAAGCGGGCAAUUGCCACCAACUCUUAAUGAUUUAACGUUCAAAAUUAAAGCCGGAAGUCUUUGCGCUUUAGCUGGAAAUGUUGGAUCUGGAAAAUCCGCUAUUCUACAGCUUCUUCUAAAAGAGUUGCAAGUGGGUGCAGGAUCUGUUAUAUUAAGACAACAAUGUGACAAGAAGUUAGAAACAUUUCAGCGGUCUGGUUUUCAUACAGAUAUUGAUAAUCUACGGAUUUCAUAUGCUAGUCAAGAUGCAUGGCUCUUUGCAAGUACAGUGAGAGAAAACAUUCUUUUUGGCGAGCCUUUUGAUUCUGCCAGAUACAAUAAAGUAGUAGAGGUGUGUGCACUCAAACAAGACUUCGAACAUUUAUCUAAAGGCGAUUUAUCGACUGUUGGCGAACGCGGCUCCUCUCUGUCCGGAGGACAGCAGGCUCGUAUUAAUUUAGCUCGAGCCAUUUACAGACAGGCUGAUGUAUAUCUUUUAGACGAUCCUUUAAGUGCAGUGGAUUCUAAGGUAGCAUGCCAUCUCUUUGAACGAUGUAUACGUGACUUCCUUCACGAUAAAACGCGCAUUCUUGUAACGCAUCAACUACAAUUCCUGCAGCACGUUGAUAAUAUUAUCUUCGUUGAACGCGGAUGCAUCAAAUACCAAGGAUCGUAUAAAAAUAUUACAAAUAUUAAUCCAAAAAUCAUGGAUAUGUUGAGUAAUAUAAAAAAUGACGAAGUUAAUAAAAAUAUAAACUCAAAGAAUAUGAUUGCAUUGGCAGAUACUCAACUGACAGACUCAAUAAGUCAUAAAAAUGAUCAAUCUUCGAUAAAAUCAUUUAACAGUACAGAGGCUGAAUCAACGGCCGCCAGUGUAAACAAUGAAGAAAUAAAUCGAAUUUACAGCAACGGGACACUUUUUAAAAUAUAUCUACGAGCUGGUGCUUCAUGGUAUCUCUUGGGCUUGUACAUAACCACAUUGAUUUUUACGCAAAUUGCCACUAGUGGAACGGAUUUCUGGCUUAGUUAUUGGACUAAUAUGGAGGAUAUGCGAUUUAAUAUAAAUACGUCAAGUUCAUCAUUAAAUAUAACAUAUAAUUUGAACUUUAAUUUUGAAAAUGUUUCAGAAUUCAAUAUACCUACCGAAGAAAUAAAAUUGUUAUCAACAGAAGAAGCAAUAUACAUUUACGCUAUUGUUUUGUGUAUUUGUACGUUUCUAUGUUUAACCAGGAGUUACCUCAUUAUCAGAAUUUGUAUGAAAGCAAGUAAACGGCUUCAUAAGCUUAUGUUUUCAAAUAUCUUACAUUCUUCAAUGAAUUUUUUCAACAAAAACCCAUCCGGGCGAAUUAUGAACCGAUUUUCAAAAGACACCGGAGCAAUGGACGAAUUACUUUCAAGAAAUUAUACAGAAGCGAUUCAAAUAUUUUCUGUAAUGAUUGGAAUUUUAGUUGUCAUAGUAAUUGUCAAUUAUUGGAUGAUUAUAACUAUUUUUAUAGUAUUACUACUAUUUUGGUUUGCCAAGACGAUCUAUUUGAAUACUGCUCAAAAAAUUAAAAGAUUAGAAACUGCUGCUAAAAGUCCCGUCUUUUCUCAUGUAAAUGCCUCUUUAAAUGGAUUAACAACGAUAAGAAGUUGUGGUAAAAAAAUUGAAAAUAGGCUUGUAAUGGAAUUUGAUCGUUAUCAAGAUGAACACUCUGGUACUUGGUACAUGAUUAUUACUACAGCCGCUGCUUUUGGCAUGAUUCUCGAUUUUAUACUAAUAUUACUUAAUGCUGUCAUCGCUUAUAGUUUCAUUUACCUCAACAAUGGAAAUAUUCUUGGGGGAAACGUUGGAUUAGCACUUUCACAGGCAGCAAUUUUAACAGGUAUGGUGCAAUAUGGUUUUCGACUUUAUGUUGAAGUUAUGUCGCAGUUGACUUCUGUUGAAAAAAUUGUUCAGUAUACAAAUUUACCUAAAGAACAUCCACUUAUUUCUAUCAUUCCAUUACCAAAAAAUUGGCCUCAAUGUGGUCGUAUUUCAAUGAAAAAUGUAUCUAUGCGAUACGAAAAGAAUGAGCCUCUCGUUUUAAAGGAACUUAAUGUAGAAAUUGAACCAGGCUGGAAAGUAGGCAUAAUUGGUCGAACAGGUGCUGGCAAGUCAUCGAUAAUAGCAGCUUUAUUCCGUCUAACAGGCGAGAAUUUAAAAGGUGAAAUUAUAAUAGACGGAAUUGACACGAGUCAAAUUGGUCUACAAGAAUUACGAGCUCACAUUUCAAUAAUUCCUCAGGAACCAGUUCUUUUUUCACAAAGUCUCCGUUAUAAUCUCGAUCCGAUGGAGCAACAUGAGGACUCAGUACUAUGGGAGGCACUUUGUGAAGUCGAACUCAACGAUCUAUCACUAGAUCAACAGAUUGCAGAGAAAGGUAGUAAUUUAAGUGUGGGUCAGAGACAAUUGAUUUGUCUUGCUAGAGCAAUUAUACGACAGAAUCUGAUUCUAGUGCUUGAUGAAGCCACUGCCAACAUCGAUGCACAUACAGAUAGCAUAAUACAAAAUACAAUCAGAAAAAAAUUUACUGGAUGUACAGUAUUAACAGUAGCACAUCGGCUGAAUACCAUUAUUGAUAGUGAUCGAGUCAUUGUUAUGGAUAAUGGUUCUGUAGUUGAAUUUGGUUGUCCGUAUGAGCUCUUAACCAAUAAUAUGAACAGUUAUUUCUUCCAAAUGGUCAAUCAGACUGGGAAGAUACUGUCCAAAAAAUUAGAAACACUUGCUAAAGAAGCUUAUUUACAAAACAUACAACAGAAUUCUCAUAUUUCUGAAGGUAGAGUGAACAAUGUUCAAGAGGCAAUACAAUCAGAAGAAAACUACGAUAUUCGAUUAUAAAAAUAUAAAGUUCAUGUUGCUUAUAUAAGCACAUAUUUGUAUUAAUUAAA